CUCCGUUUUACAGAAUGUAGUUGCGCUAUUGGCAGCUACGCAACCUGCAUACCACCCAGCCACUAACAUCAUUUGCUGCAACAAACACCGAGGUUUCAUCGCGAUUCUUUUUGUAAUCUCUUCGGCCGUCUCGUUUCUCUGAGCGAAAGCGCUAUACCCUGCCUCGUCUUUCCGGCCGCGCGUCUGGCCUUGCACGCACCCCCCCUUCGCCCAUCAUGAAGCCCGUCGUCAGUGCUAUGCAAGCAUGGUCUUGCACCGUCAUCUCCUUCUUCGCCAUCAUCAUCCUCACCGUCCUCGCCGCCCUGUAUCGAUCCGGCCACGAGGAGCUCGUCGGAGGCGUGGAUGAUCCCGCUGAUGGAAAGGCCGUCUCUGGCACCGUUUUUACUGCUGUCUUCGUCUACAUUGGCUUCUUUGUGUUUUGUGGCCUGCAAGGAAUGCUCCACGUUCGAGAGAGCCGAAGGGGCGCGAUUUCUUUGUAAAGCUGAUUAUACCAUGUGACUAGCAAACUGGCGUUCUCUUGGAAGUUCUUCUCUUUUUUAGCCAUUCGACGUUCUGGCUUCUGAUCUAGGGCGAUUGUUCAUUGUACGGUAACGGGACUGAUAGAUAAAGACCUGGUCGUGUGUAAUAUAUUUUUGUCUGAAUACGUCGAAAGUUUUGUUCUCUUGUUGGUAUGCGCUUUAUGAUGCUAGCUGCUAGGUAACUGAGAUAUAUGGACCUCGCUGAGACCGUGAUGAUGCAGUGGUGGCAGCUAAACGGCGAUUGCGCGAUAAAAAUGGCGGUUUGAACAUAUCCAAGCUGCUAGUCAUGGGGAGCUGGCAGAAAUGUUUAAAGUCGGCCACAUUUACUCACCACAAAAGGUCACAUCUGUAACAGUGGAAGGAUAAUCCAUCGUGGCCUUGUUAUUAUCGCAGAAUACACGAGCGCAAAACAGCAGCAACAACAAGUUCAACAUAG